AAGCCAAAAGGAUAAUCAUGGUAAACUCGACUCAGACCUCAUACUUCACAUUCAAUGCCUAUUUUGACAGCAGUGAUUUAAAAUAUUUAUGUUUUGUCAUUGUGAUGUUGUUAUAUGUUCUAAUUCUUUGUGCCAAUGUGUUGCUGAUAGUGAUUAUCUGUAUGAACAGAAGUUUACAUGAACCUAUGUACCUGUUUCUGUGCAGCCUGUUUGUAAAUGAACUGUAUGGUAGUACAGGGUUGUUUCCAUUCCUUCUGCUUCAGAUUCUCUCUGACAUUCACACUGUUUCCGUUCACUUUUGUUUCCUGCAGAUUUUCUGUGUAUACUCUUACGGUAGUGUAGAAUUUGCCAACUUAGCCAUCAUGUCUUAUGACAGAUACCUCGCUAUCUGUUAUCCUCUACAAUAUAACACACAUAUGACAUCUGACAAGGUUGCUAUGCUUAUUACUUUAAGUUGGUUAUCCUCUUUUCUUGCAAUUGUUGUUAUGAUAUCCUUAAUUGUUCCUUUACAGCUGUGUGGGAACAUCAUUAACAAAGUGUACUGUGACAACUACUCUAUUGUUAAACUGGCCUGUUAUGACACCACAGUCAAUAACAUCUAUGGACUCAUUGCUACUUGCCUCACAAUAUUAUGCCCUGUAUCUCUAAUUCUUUACACUUACAUGAAGAUUCUUAAAGUCUGUUUUUCUGGUUCUAAACAGACCAGACAAAAAGCUGUCAGUACCUGCACACCUCACCUUGCUUCUCUGAUCAACUUUUCUUUUGGUUGUUUCUUUGAAAUCAUACAGAGCAGGUUUAAUAUGAGCAGUGUGCCUGUUGUGUUGAGAAUAUUUCUGUCAUUAUAUUUCAUAACAUGCCAGCCGCUCUUCAGCCCUGUACUGUAUGGACUUAAUUUAUCCAACAUCCGUAUCAUAUGUAAGAGUCUGUUGUUUUCUGAAAUGUAG